AUGCCGUUAAAAUGGAAAAGCGGUUCUCCUGUUAGCUGGAAAUUCCCAGUGCCAGUUCUUAAGACAUCCAGGUCCUCACCCCUUUCGCCUGCCUACAUAUCCCUCGUGGAGGACGACGACGCUCACAUGAAAGUUGCUCUGGGCUAUGGUGAUAUGGGCAUCUCUGCUCACCUGCAGGCAUCAAAGACAGGAAACACUCGAUUUUUCACAAGCAACACACACAGCUCAGUGGUUCUUCAGGGAUUUGACCAGCUGAGGAUAGAAGGUUUACUAUGUGACGUCACACUGGUGGCUGGGGACGGCGACGAAGCCUUCCCUGUACACCGCGCCAUGAUGGCCUCCUCCUCCGACUAUUUCAAAGCCAUGUUCACAGGUGGAAUGAAAGAACAGGAUUUAAUGUGCAUCAAGCUUCAUGGAGUUAACCGAAUAGGCCUGAAGAAGAUCAUUGACUUUAUCUACACAGCCAAGUUGUCACUCAACAUGGAGAAUCUGCAAGACACACUUGAGGCAGCCAGCUUCUUACAAAUCCUUCCUGUGCUGGACUUCUGCAAGGUUUUUCUUAUAUCUGGGGUUUCUCUUGACAACUGUGUAGAGGUGGGGCGCAUUGCCAAUACGUAUAACCUCACAGAGGUGGACAAAUAUGUGAACAACUUUAUCCUGAAGAACUUCCCCUCAUUGCUGGGCACGGGAGAGUUUGUUAAGCUACCAUUUGAACGUUUGGCUUUUGUACUGUCCAGCAACAGCUUGAAACACUGCACUGAGUUGGACCUGUUCAAGGCUGCUUGCCGUUGGCUACGCUACGAAGACGGUCGUAUGGACUACGCCCCAAAGCUCAUGAAGAACAUUCGCUUUCCCCUCAUGAACCCACAGGAGCUCAUCAAUCAUGUGCAGACAGUGGACUUCAUGCGCACAGACAACACCUGUGUCAACCUUCUCCUAGAGGCUAGCAACUACCAAAUGAUGCCCUACAUGCAGCCAGUUAUGCAGUCAGAACGGACAGCCAUCCGCUCAGACAGUGCCCACCUUGUCACCCUGGGUGGUGUCCUGCGCCAGCAGCUAGUUGUGAGUAAGGAGCUGCGUCUUUUUGAUGAGAAGGCUCAUGAGUGGAAGGCGCUGGCACCCAUGGAUGCACCCCGCUACCAACAUGGCAUUGCAGUCAUUGGUAACUUUCUCUAUGUGGUGGGUGGCCAAAGCAACUAUGACACCAAAGGCAAGACAGCAGUGGACACAGUGUUCCGGUACGACCCUCGCUAUAACAAGUGGAUGCAGGUGGCAUGCCUUAAUGAGAAACGUACCUUCUUCCACCUCAGUGCACUCAAGGGACACCUCUACGCCGUUGGUGGACGGAACGCUGCCGGGGAGCUUGCUACUGUGGAGUGCUACAACCCAAGGACAAAUGAAUGGACAUAUGUUGCCAAAAUGAAUGAGCCACAUUAUGGCCACGCUGGGACGGUGUAUGGUGGCUACAUGUAUAUUUCAGGGGGAAUCACUCAUGACACUUUUCAGAAGGAGCUGAUGUGCUUUGACCCAGAUGCGGAUAAAUGGACACAGAAAGCACCCAUGACGACAGUGCGUGGCCUCCACUGCAUGUGCACAGUGGGUGACCGUCUUUACGUGAUCGGGGGCAAUCACUUCCGGGGCACCAGCGACUAUGACGACGUGCUGAGCUGCGAAUACUACUCCCCCGCCCUUGACUUGUGGACACCUAUCGCCGCCAUGUUGCGUGGCCAGAGCGACGUCGGCGUGGCUGUGUUUGAGAAUAAGAUCUAUGUGGUGGGCGGUUACUCGUGGAACAAUCGCUGCAUGGUGGAAAUAGUACAGAAGUAUGACCCCGAGAAAGACGAAUGGCACAAAGUGUUUGACUUACCCGAGUCGCUGGGCGGGAUCCGAGCCUGCACGCUCACAGUUUUUCCCCCUGAGGAUAUCUCAGGCUCGCCCUCCAGAGAGUCGCCCCUCUCAGCACCUUGAUGAGUAAAGGGGGGGAGCCCUAUUUUGCUCACACCCCCGUAAUCCCUCGUACACUCAACCCCCUCAACAAACACACCUUAUAGACAUUGUUUGCACUUCCUCUUUGGACUACAUCUGUACUACAUCCCUAAGUACCCUCCAAGUCCACCUCCCCUAAAGCUGUGCAGAAACCCCUCCCUAAGUGAUUAAACCUACAUACCGAUACGGUUUGGCAACCUAAUUACAUGUUAAUGUUGCAUACUCGGUAUAUUUUGGCAGGAAAUACCUUGACUUGAAAAGUGACUUUGCAAAUCAACUUUUCUACCUGAUGUCUACAAAGUUUUCUUAUGUCUCGUUUCUUUAAGCGUUCUACCUUGAGAUGCUGACUACCACUCUGACUCUGUUCUAGUCUAUGCCAGGUUAGAUGCAGGUUGACCCCAGAGAGCAGAAGCGUAGGGACGGGUGAGCUCCACAGCUGGUUUUUAACUCAGGGGUUGGCCCAGGCCCCAUCUACGCCUCUCUCUCUCGCUCUCUCUGUCGCUCUUUCUCUCUCUCUCGCUCUCUCUGUCGCUCUCACUCUCUUGCUCUAGCUCUCGCUCUCUUUCUCUCUCGCUCUCUCUCUUUCUCUUUUGCUCUCGCUCUCUGUCGCUCUCUUUCUCUCGCUCUUGCUCUCUCUCUCUCGCUCUCUCUCUCACAGUUUCAGUUCUUUUCCUGCUAUUGCUAUGAAACUGUUAACAAAAUGGUGUUUUCUAAAUUUAAUAAACAUGAUUUUGAAAGUAA